UAAAACGAAUUCCUUACCUAAUGGACUACAUAGCAUUGCUGCUGUUAAUUACCUUUGUGUCCGCAUCCAUUCAUGUGCUGGCCUCCGGUCUUGGGGGCCGGAAGAAGUCUGGCAAUCCCACUUCAUUUCCCCCUGGCCCCAAGGCUUUUCCCAUUGUUGGCAACAUCAGCUUGGAGCUGCGCAACAAACCCCACCAAACUCUCGCCAAGCUCUCCAAACAAUAUGGACCCUUAAUGACUCUCAAGCUCGGCAGCACAACCACCAUAGUCAUUUCCUCUCCAGACAUAGCCAAAGAAGCACUGCAAAAACACGACCAAACCUUCUCCAGCCGAACUAUCCCGGAUGCGGCCCGAGCAUUUGACCACCACAAAUUCUCAAUGGCGUGGCUGCCCACAUCGACUGGUUGGAGGAGUCUCAGGAAAGUUGCAGCCAUGGAAAUGUUUGUUCCACAACGGCUGGAUGCCACUGAAGCCAUUCGACAUAAAAAGGUUCAAGAGCUAAUUGCCCAUAUUGGAGCAAGCUGUAACAGUGGUGAGGCGAUAGAUAUUGGGGGAGUUGCCUUCACAACAGUCUUUAAUGUCAUUUCAAACACGUUAUUCUCCACUGACCUGGCCCAGUAUAGUUCGAAUACAUCCCAGGAGUUCCAGGCUCUUAUAAUGGGUACCAUGGAAGAAGGUGGGAGGCCUAAUAUUGCAGACUAUUUCCCAGCACUUCGUUUAUUUGAUCCGCAAGGUACACGCCGGAGGAUGACAGCUUAUAUUGCAAAAUUGUUUGAGAUUUUGGAUGGUAUUAUCAAUGAACGCCUGCAAUUAAGAGCAACGUCUAAGGCUUCGAAGGCUGGCAGCGAUGUGCUUGACUCCCUCCUUAGUCUCGUUGAAGACGAUAAUUCAGAAUUGAGCUACGACGAUAUCAAACAUUUGCUUCUGGAUUUAUAUAGUGCAGGGAGCGACACAAAAUCAAGCGUGGUGGAAUGGGCAAUGGCAGAGUUACUACAUAAUCCCCCAAAAAUGGCAAAAGUCCGAGAAGAGCUUGAAGAAGUCAUUGGCAAGGAUGGGCUUGUUCAAGAAUCCGACAUAUCAAAAUUACCUUAUCUACUCGCGACAGUGAAAGAAACCUUUCGGUUGCAUCCACCAGUGCCUUUACUACUCCCCCACAAAGCCGAGGCUGACGUAGAAAUAUGUAGCUUUAAGGUGCCAAAGAAUGCACAAAUACUAGUCAACGUGUGGGGAAUGGGACGAGAUCCGAGCAUAUGGCCAAACCCAGACCAGUUUUCGCCUGAAAGGUUUCUAGAUAAUGAUAUUGACUAUAAAGGCAGGAAUUUCGAGCUCAUUCCCUUCGGAGCUGGAAGAAGAAUAUGCCCUGGAUUGCCUUUGGCCAAUCGGAUGGUACCCCUCAUGUUGGCCUCUCUUCUUCACCACUUUAAUUGGAAGCUUGAAAAUGAGAUGAAGCCAGAAGACAUGGACAUGAGGGAGACAACGUUUGGAAUUACCUUACGUAUUGCCCAGCCACUUCGGGCUAUUCCCAUUAAAUCAGUGUAAUUUUCGGUUAAUGUUUGUGUUGUUAGCCUAAUAACAACGUUCGUAUGUGUGUGAGUUGAAGCCUUUUUUCUCUGUUAGUUUCAGUUUUUUUUUUUCCGUGUGUUUUUUAUAUUUGUUUUGGGACGUUUGUUUGGGUUCUCAACCUCUCCUCUCCUCUUGUAUUACUACCUCAGUUAUAAUAUAUAUAUAUAUAUAUA